GAGCGGCGGGCUCUCGGGUCUUUUUUAGCGCCAUCUGCUCGCGGCGCCGCCUCCCGCUCCUCCCGCCGCCGCCGCUGCCGCUGCUGCCGCCGCCGCCGCCCUGAGUCACUGCCUGCGCAGCUCCGGCCGCUCGGCUCCGCGUCCGAGUCUCCUGGAACGAUUUGUGGAGGUCUUACAAGAUGGCGGACAUUGACAACAAAGAACAGUCUGAACUUGAUCAAGACUUGGACGAAGUUGAAGAGGUAGAAGAAGAAGAAGCGGGUGAAGAGACAAAAAUCACAGCGCGUCAGCUAACUGUUCAGAUGAUGCAGAAUCCUCAGAUUCUUGCAGCCCUUCAGGAAAGACUUGACGGUCUGGUAGACACACCAACAGGAUACAUUGAAAGCUUGCCUAAGGUAGUCAAAAGACGAGUAAAUGCUCUAAAAAAUCUUCAAGUUAAAUGUGCACAGAUAGAAGCCAAAUUCUAUGAGGAAGUUCACGAUCUCGAGAGGAAGUAUGCUGUCCUAUAUCAGCCUUUAUUUGAUAAGCGAUUUGAGAUCAUUAAUGCAAUUUAUGAACCUACAGAAGAAGAAUGUGAAUGGAAACCAGAUGAAGAAGAUGAAGUUUCGGAGGAGCUGAAAGAAAAGGCCAAGAUUGAAGAUGAGAAAAAGGAUGAAGAAAAAGAAGACCCUAAAGGAAUUCCUGAAUUUUGGUUGACAGUUUUUAAGAACGUUGAUUUGCUCAGUGAUAUGGUUCAGGAACAUGAUGAGCCUAUUCUAAAGCACUUGAAAGACAUUAAAGUGAAGUUCUCGGAUGCUGGCCAGCCUAUGAGCUUUAUCUUAGAAUUUCACUUUGAACCCAACGAAUAUUUCACAAAUGAAGUGCUAACAAAGACUUACAGGAUGAGGUCAGAGCCGGAUGAUUCUGAUCCCUUUUCUUUUGAUGGACCAGAGAUUAUGGGUUGUACAGGGUGCCAGAUAGAUUGGAAAAAAGGAAAGAAUGUUACUUUGAAAACCAUAAAAAAGAAGCAGAAACACAAGGGACGUGGGACAGUUCGUACUGUGACUAAAACAGUUUCCAAUGAUUCUUUCUUUAAUUUUUUUGCUCCUCCUGAAGUUCCUGAGAAUGGAGAUCUGGAUGAUGAUGCCGAAGCUAUACUGGCUGCAGACUUUGAGAUUGGCCACUUCUUACGUGAGCGUAUAAUCCCAAGAUCAGUGUUAUACUUCACUGGAGAAGCUAUUGAGGAUGAUGACGAUGAUUAUGACGAAGAAGGUGAAGAAGCUGAUGAGGAAGGGGAAGAAGAAGGAGAUGAGGAACACGAUCCAGACUAUGACCCAAAGAAGGAUCAAAACCCCGCAGAGUGCAAGCAGCAGUGAAGCAGUGUCUGGCCUUGAGGACGGCCUACCCUGUAAUAGCCUAACUCGACUCAUUUACUUACAGCCUUAUGUUUUUGUAUUUUCUUGGUAGAAUCAGUAAGUUUUUAAAGGAAAGGGACCUAAUAUUUUAAAGACCAAUUUGUUGUACCUAGCAUCCUAACUAUAGUUCUGUCAGAUAUGUCGAAUGCAUAAAUCCUCUCUAAUGCAUGUUCAUUUACUGCUGCGGUUUGGUUCUUCUGGAAUAUGUUCAUCACGUAGCUAUUGGAAUACAGUUCUAAAAAUAACUGUUGAGCACACUGUUUGGUGUCGCUGUUUCUUUCCUAAAGAACCACAGCCGUUCUCAGCUGGUAGAACGGGUUGAAGUCUGCCUGCAUUAGCUGUGCUCUCCAUUACGUUGUUAGAGGAUUCAGCAACUAACACAACAGGUCGUUAUUUGAGGAAGGAAAAUUGUGGUUAAGAAUUUCCAGGAAGAUCAAACUUAAACAUAUUGUUAAAGGGAUCUUUAUGUUUUAGAUGACAUAACAGGUCAACUCAUGCUUACUAUCAAAGCAAGCUGGAGAAGCCCUAGGUUCUCUUCAGAAGUCAACUGAUAGUAUUUAAUGUGCUUUGAAAAUUGACCUCCAUUAAUUAAAUCUUUUCUUUGUGGUAGGGCCUACCUUCUUCUUUCCUGGAAAAGACGAAUUUACAUCAUUUGAACCUAUUUUUGAGUUUUUCUGUUAUUUGCCUGAUUUUGUUUUUAUAGUCUAAAUAAAAAUGUCAUACAGUUUUAGCUCGCACAGGAUGAUGUCUCGGUUUAUGCUGGUUGAGGCUAUUGCAGAGAGUUAGCUUGAGUUCAAGGGUGCCUAGUUUUCUCUAUUGAACAACUUGGAGGAAGUAGUACGCAUGCACUUUUUUAAAAAGUGACAAGUGAUGUGCGAUACUUGUUUUUUUUUUCAACAGAAAGGUCAAAUUCCAUUUAUUAGAGCUAAGUAUCUUCUUGACUUGUGUUCACUCUAAUACUCAGUGC